GUCUCUUUCUGUUUGUGGUGCAGGAGACAUGGUGGAGGGAGCUGUGAAGAACGCUUUAGGUGUCAAGGACAAAAACAAAGCUGAGAAGAAAGGAGGGGGGGGGAUCUUGUCGAUGUUUGGAGGAGGCAAGGACAAAAAUGAGAAGGACAAAGUGAAAGAGAAGGGAGGACAAUUUGGAGACGACAAGAAGAAGGAUGAAGACAAAGGUGGAUUCUUCUCAAAGGUCUUUGACAAAGAUGACAAUGGCGCAAAGGGGGAGCAGAAGAAAUCUGGAUUUAAUGGUCUUUUUACGGAGGGGGAGGGAGGAGGCGCUGUGGGGGGAGGUGGAGAAGGAGCUGUGGGGGGAGGUGGAGAAAACCAGGGAGCAGUGGUGGCCGUGAACGAUAGAGAUCUUCUGGAUGAUCUGUCCGACGUGGCGGCAGAACUCGCAAAAUAGAAUUCAGACCUGAAAACCACAUCCAGACCUCUGCCAAAAACCUGAAUCCGCUGGAAACUCCUGAUGUCACUUCAACAAGCUGGAAGAUUUUAACUUUUUCUUCACUGCUGCUCGUUUCUCUCUGCAGCUUCUACGUGGAAAAUAUGUUUGUAAAGGAAAUUUAAAAACCUUUAUGGUGAAAUGUUUUAUAUUUACUUGGAGAGGUGGCACCUGCCUGAAUGUGCAGAUGAAGAGUAAAUAAAGAUUGUCUGAUGUA